AUGUCGGUCACCAUUCGAUAUGCGCGUUAUCUUGUCUUCGCCGUCGUGGGACUGGCGCUCUUCUUCGUGAUCUCAAACUCUUCCAUCCCUCUUCCCAGCACAGGUUCCACCGCGGCUCCUAAGAGCCCGCCUACCUACGACUCAGUCAAGUCGCAAAAGCCAACAGUGAUAGGCCCCCACCAAUCUCAACGAGUCAAUGCCACAUUCGUCACUCUGGCGCGCAACUCCGAUCUCUGGGACAUGGUCAAGUCGAUCCGAACUGUCGAGGACCGUUUCAACCGCAACUACAACUACGACUGGGUGUUCUUGAACGACAACGAGUUCGACGAAGAAUUCAAGAAAGUGACCACCGCUUUGGUCUCCGGUCAAACUCACUAUGGAGUGAUUCCCAAGGAACACUGGUCGUACCCCGAGUGGAUCGACAAGGACAAGGCCAAGGAAGCGCGCGAAGAGAUGGACCGCAAGAAGAUCAUCUACGGUGGUUCCGAAAGCUAUCGCCAUAUGUGCCGCUACGAGUCCGGUUUCUUCUUCCGUCACCCGCUCAUGAUGAACUUCGAGUACUACUGGCGCGUUGAGCCCAGCGUUGAACUCUUCUGCGACAUCGACUCGGAUCCGUUCCGUUUCAUGAAGGAGAACAACAAGAAGUACAGCUUUGUCAUCAGUCUUUACGAGUAUGUGGCCACCAUUCCUACCCUGUGGGAUAGCGUGAAGAAGUUCACCGGCAAUCACCCCGAAUACGUCACCGAAGGAAACGCCAUGGAGUUCAUCAGUACGGACGGUGGAGACACCUACAACAACUGCCACUUCUGGUCGAACUUCGAGAUCGGCAGCCUGGAAUGGUUACGGUCUGAUGCGUACGUGGACUACUUCACCUCUCUGGAUAAGGACGGCGGUUUCUUCUAUGAGCGAUGGGGUGAUGCACCUGUCCACUCUAUCGCUGCCUCUAUCAUGUUGAAGAAGGACGAGAUUCACUUCUGGGAUGAUAUUGCGUACUACCACGUCCCAUUCACACAUUGCCCUACGGAUGAGAAGAAGCGACUCGAUCUGAGAUGCUCUUGCCAGCCCAAGGAGAACUUCGACUGGAAGGAUUAUUCCUGCACAAAACGCUGGUUCGAUAUCAACAAGAUGCCGAAGCCGAAUGGAUGGGACAAGAAAUACGACUAA